AAGCGAAACACAGCGGCCUGUUGAAGGUGCGCCGUCAAACAGUAGAGCGACAACGAUUACGAAAUGUAGAGUAGAUCCUGUCGCAGGGCUAGGCGCUCGCCAAAUAAAGCCAGAGGGAGGAUCUUCGUCUAGUUCUGCUUCAUAUCAGAAUGAGAUAUCUUCACGGCAACAAGAGAGAGAAACAUCUGCAAAGCCUUCUUCUCGACGUCCGACCAUGAUGGUUUCGGAUUUUUGCACGUUGCCACCCGUAGUAUCAACCACACCGUCACUAUGAAAGAAAAAAGUGCACUCACACUUCUCAAAGAAAGUGGCUAUUUUCCUACUUAAAUCCUAGCCAAUUUCUCGAGUGUGAGUGCGCUUUUUCGUUUCAUAGUCACCUGUAGAUCAUGAUCACGUGGCUGAAGAUUGUGCUUCAGAAGAGAACAAAAGCACAAAGAAGUCAUCAAGCCUUGCAGGAGCACUACCUUACAGGAGCUACUUACCAGGAGUGGGUGCAUCUACAUCUAAGCGAGAUUCAGUUUCUAGAAUCUCGUGUGCAAGUGUCAAAGUUACGAGGCUAAGUUUACCACAGCUACACCAGCAUCUAGAAGAAGUACGAUUUCAUCUCUUUCAAUUUCUUGUACGAGGAGAAGCUUUCACAAGUGACAACAUCACGUCACACACUCGUCUCGUUCCUUUGUUGUUCUUCUAACAGGAGUCCUACUCACGCUCUAUUCCUCUUUCUUCUAACGUGAGAAAUAGAGAACCAUCCUACGAGCCACAAUGGGUUCAAUCAUCAACAUCUUCGGAAAAUCGCCAAAGCACUUGUGCACCAGCUGCACUUCAUCCUUUAGGGGCUGUUCCGCCACUCUUGCCUCCACCGCCAAAGGCGAAGUUAACUUUUCGCAAUUCGAUCAAUUCUCGUAUGAAAGGGGAAAGUGUACUACUGGUGAUGCUCUAGAAUUAAGGCUUACCCUAAUCCAUCUUCUGAAGCAUCUUAGACCUGGCUCGUAAGGGGGGAAUAGGUCCAAGAUGAAUCCCGCGAUGGAUUAGGGUGAGCUCUAAUAGAAACUGAAACUAGGUACGCUCUUUUAGGUACAGGGAGCUGCUGCCCAGUUUCGUGAGUAAAUAUUUUUUGCGCCUGUGAUACCCAGGCUCUCGCUCCUUUGGAGGUACCUUUGUAUUGAGUGGCCUCCAAAGUAGAUCUCAAACGCUACAUAAGAGGUUCCAUAACAUCAUGACGCGUUUUUUGGUUUUUUCCUCUUUUCUUUUGUUAGAACUUAGAUUUAGAAGGGUAUUUCGUCCACCACCGCGACCUAGUAAAGUAUGAUAUUAACGAGUGUACUUCUGUACUUUACAACACUUUAUUUUCCUGUCUUCAUAUCGCGACCACCUUCGUUAAGUAGAAGUGCUAGCACAGUGAUCCGACGUCGCAGUCUAGGCGAGCAGGGACGAAGAAGUCACAGGGCCGUCGAUGUGCUUCAG